CUCGGGUGCCCCGUGACCACAGUCACGUGACCAACAGGGCCGGGCGGCGCGAUGGGCACCGCGUUGGACAUCAAGAUCAAGCGGGCCAACAAGGUGUAUCACUGCGGGGAAGUUCUUUCUGGAGUGGUGGUCAUAACAAGUAAGGACACUGUCCAACACCAGGGUAUCUCCUUAACAAUGGAAGGAGCGGUAAAUCUUCAGCUCAGUGCUAAAAGCGUUGGCAUGUUUGAAGCUUUCUAUAACUCCGUUAAGCCCAUUCAAAUUAUAAACAGUACCCUAGAAAUGGUGAAGCCUGGAAAACUUCCCAGUGGCAAAACAGAAAUUCCUUUUGAGUUUCCAUUGCUUGUAAAGGGAAAUAAAGUUCUGUAUGAGACGUAUCACGGCGUAUUUGUCAAUAUUCAGUAUACUCUUCGAUGUGACAUGCGACGUUCUCUGUUGGCUAAGGACCUAACUAAGACUUGUGAAUUCAUUAUCCAUUCACAGCCUCAGAAAGGGAAGCUGAUGCCAAGCCCAGUGGACUUCACGAUUACACCUGAAACCUUACAGAAUGUUAAAGAGAGAGCCUUGCUUCCAAAAUUUCUCAUCAGAGGUCAUCUCAACUCUACUAACUGCAUCAUUACACAGCCAUUGAUGGGGGAACUGGUGGUAGAGAAUGCAGAAGCAGCCAUCAAAAGUAUUGAAUUGCAGUUAGUACGUGUGGAAACUUGUGGUUGUGCAGAAGGUUAUGCCAGAGAUGCCACAGAGAUUCAGAAUAUUCAAAUUGCUGAUGGUGAUGUCUGCAGAGGCCUGCCUAUUCCUAUAUACAUGGUAUUCCCCAGGCUGUUCACGUGCCCUACUCUGGAAACAACAAACUUCAAAGUUGAAUUUGAAGUUAAUAUUGUUGUCCUCCUGCAUGACGAUCAUCUCAUCACAGAGAAUUUUCCACUGAAGCUCUGCCGGAUGUAAAUUCUCCGAAGAGAUUCACUUAAGGAUUAACCGAGGCAGGAGGAAAUUCUGCAGAGAUCAAAUGGAAUCCGGUUCACAUCUUUAAACUGUGUUCUGACUGGAGAAGAAAAUGUUUCCUUGUGGCACUUCUGACAUCUGUCAGGAGGAGUCUGAUUCUCUGUAAGCCUUACCUAACCCUUUGACAGUACUGUUUGUGACUUCCUUUCUGCUCAGAUUCAUGCCCAGGUACAGCUGUUUGAAUUCAACAGUCUUACCCCUCUUCUCUUCCAGGCACCCAUAAGGGAUGCUUUUGCACAUUCAUAGGUGCAUAGUGCAGGAAGUUUCUCUGCUUAUUUCACAAUUUAGCACUUGUACUAAAUGCUUAAAUGUUUCCUUUUUAAGGAUUCUUGCCACUAAAGUUUCUGCUUGUAUAUUGAUUCUGGGCGAAGAGAGGGUGAGAGACGCUUGGAGUUUUCUAAACAUUCCAUCAUCUGGAUGUGGGCAAAAUGAAUGUUCAUAAAACGUUUUGAAACCUAAUAAAUGGUGCUACAGAACUGCAAGAUGGUGUUACAGGAUGAGUAUUCCACAAGGAGUACAAAUCAUGACAGGAUCCAAUGAGGGAGAGUGGGAUUAGGAAGUGAGUGUUAGUCUGGAAACUGCCUCAAAACUAAAGGGCUCUACUGCUACAGCUGUUUCACUCUAAUUAGCUGGGUCACUUCUUUAUGUAAGCUCCACUGCACAAAGAGGACCAUGCUAUCAAAGAAAGUUCUGGUACAGGUUUGGAAUAGAAUUCUUGCCCUUGAUUUUACCUAUUUUAUAUUUUAUUUCCUGCCCUGAUCCACCUGACUGCUUUAUCUACAUUGUAGUUUUGGUGCAGAAUUAUGACCUGUAAUCUGCUGUCAUGGGAACAACCACAUCAAACUGGUGCUAUGCUUGGCUGCUACAAUCAGAAGUAAUUCCUUCCUGUGAUUGGUUUUAUUGCAAGGCAGAGAGAAUACUGUGUGAAAGACUGAACGCAUGUGCUUACACUUCAGCAACUGACAUAGCUCCUUUUGGGUGCAAUAUGGCACAUUAUGGAUACUUUAAACUCUGUAGGGGCAGAGUUUCCAGGUGCCCCGUUUUUUCAUUGGAAGAUUUAAUGGCAAAGUUUUACUGAAAAUGUCAAGACAACAUUGUGUGGGGGCAGGGAUCAGUGACUAGGAAAAUUGCCUGUAUAUAUAUAAUGGGGGGGAAGCGUUUGAUGUGGGAGUUUAAUAAUUUUGAUGGUGUUAAAAAGAAUGAAAAGCAGCAACACAUUCUUCUUCUGAAUGCAAAUAAAGCUCCCAGGGGAGCAGGCUGUACUGCACACAACAAGAAAAUUGGGUAUCUAGUUGUUUCCUUCUUGAAGUAAAGAUAUUUGACAAAAACAUUUAGUUUUACCCAUCCCUUCAACCAAAAGGAAAACACCAAAAGAUGGGAAAUUCUGACGUGACAAAGUAAGCUGCUGCUGUUUGCUUGUCUUCAAGACUAACAUGGCUUACUGCCUCUAACAGUAAAACUGACAUUAUCUCCUGUAUUUUAGGAAUAAACAACUGAAAUUGUAAACACCUAAUGUAAAGCUUUCAGAGUGGUAUUGUGCUGAUGCUGUAAAAAUUGUAUCAACCUCCCCUUAGUAAGCCAGGGAGCACAUUCGUGUGUGCUUAGGAUACAGAACAGGAUCAUCCUACAGUGCCAUCUACUGCCGAAAGCCAACAUUGCCCUGUGAAUUCACUAGUUAAUGAAAAUCUAAAAAAAUGA